AUGCGAUACAGAGAUCCUGACAUUAUCGAAGAAAUGAUCCUAAAAGCCCAAUUUGGAAUUUGCGCAACUAUGGAGAGGACUAUUCUACAAAUAGAUGAAGGUGGUGUUACAUAUAUGAGAAAACAUCCAUUCAAAACUACAAUGGAUUACAUCUUGAAUGAAAGUGAUAUUAAUGAUGAACUUAUAUCUAAAUCUUAUGAGAUUGAUAAAUUUAUUCACUAUGCAUCUGAAUUUAAAUUUAAGAAAGGAUUAUAUAUUGAUGUUCAAAUAGCACAGUACAAAAUUGCCAGAGGAGGAAGCUAUAUAAAAACUCCAAAAGGAUUAGCUAACAAGAAGGCAACUAUAAAUCUUGAUUGUAAUAUAACAACACCCAUAACCACCGCACCAUCGACCUCUUCAACCUUUCCUAGUUUUACAACACCUACAAGUACAACUUCAUCCAGUAGUAGUAGCGUUAAUGUUGGAUUACCUAGUAGUACCACAGACGCACAAAAUAAUUCUGGUGGUAGCACAACAAGUACUGCGACAAUAAUCAUAACUGCAGUGUCAAUAGGAUUAGUAACUUUGGCAAUAAGUGCACUGAUAACAUUUUGUGUACGUAAACGAUUAAGAUUAUUGAGAUCGUCUAAACGAAAUACAGAUUUUUUUGAUGAUUUCAAUCCAAGUAGCAAUUCUAUUUUUGAUAUUAACAGGAAACAUGAUGGUUACAGUGAUGGUAAAGGAAAAAGAUUUUCGUCGAUUUUUGAAAAAAAUACAACAUCAAGAAUAAAUAAUACAGACAGAGAUGUUUCUAAUAAUACUUUGGCAACUACUCCGAGAAAAAUAUUAAGAAGUAAUGGUCGUCAUAAUGGUAAUGAUUAUGACCAACCAUAUCAGAAUCCAGCUUAUAAACAGCAACCAUUUAAUCCUCCAUAUUAUUAUCACCAUCAACAAUUUCUUCCUCGUCCUCCUCCAAUACCAAAUAAUCUAUAUAACUAUCCACCGCCAUCUCAUCCUUAUACAAAUUCUUCAUCAUAUGAUUUAAUCAAUAAUAAUGUCGGAUUGAAUAGGGUCCCAUUAUCACCAAAUCAAGAAAAUAGAAAUUUUGUCAAUAGCAAUAAUAGUAAUAAUGCCAGUGGUUCACAAUUAAAUUAUAAUAGUUAUAGCAAUUUAAAUGUUCUUGCUAAUUAUUUUAAUGAUAAGCCCACAAAAAAUGGCAACAAAAGCAUCAAAGAAAAAAAUGAUUUAAAUUCUGAUGAUGGAAAUAAAAAUAAAUCACGAUUAGCUUCGAGAAAAUUAAAUCGAGUUUCUUUCUAA